AUGCGAAAAUUAGUAAACCUUCAGCUUCAUUAUUGCAAAAAGACGCCGUAUUCGAAUGGGGCGCAAAAUCAAAUUGAAGCCUUCGAAACACUAAAAGAUUCGCUUUCCGCUCAAGUUUUGCUAGCUACCGCUUUAGUCCAGGUCAGUCUGCAUCAUGGUAAUCCAAUCACCGCCAGAGUGUUGAUUGAUCAAGGUUCAGAGCUCUCAUUUAUGAGACAGUCGCUCUUCAAGAAGCUUGGACAACCGCUACAGCGUGACAUGGUCAUGCUCAAGGGCAUUGGCAAUGUCUCCGCAGGAAGCUCACUAGGUGUGAGCACAAUUGAGCUUCGUUCGCUGUGUACGACCGCAUCAAUGCAUGUCAGCAUGCAUAUUCUACCAACACUGACGGUAGAUCUUCCAUCGUUCGUGAUCGCUGAUCCGAAAUGGCCGCAUCUUGAGAAUCUCAAGCUCGCUGACCCGCAGUAUCUACAGCCACGCCCUGUAGAUAUUAUUCUAGGUGCAUCACCAGCCGCACAGAUCAUGAACGCAGAGAUUCAACGAGGACCUCGCAAUGCUCCUAUUGCACAAUCCACCACGCUUGGUUGGAUUGUCUAUGGGGCUGUCACCGCUAAACACGCUUCAACAUCACACGCAGCACUACAUGCGUCAGUAGAUACUGAAUUACAAGACGCUAUCGCUAAGUUUUGGGAACAGGAAGAAGUUCCAUCAGGAAAUUCACCGCUCAACACCGCUGAAGAAGACGAAUGUGAAAUUCACUUUCGUCAAACGCAUUAUCGACAGCCUGAUGGACGCUACGUAGUGAGAUUACCGCUUAAGGCCCUUGAGAGUCAACUUGGCGACUCUAUCAACGCAGCUAUGGGGUCACUCCGCAGAUUAAUAACUCGCUUGUCGCGAGAAAGAGAAUAUUCUGACAUGUAUCGUGCAUUCAUGGCAGAAUACAUUCAACUAGGACACAUGGUACGAGUACCAGUCAACGAAUUGCCCGCAAACGCUUACUUCUUGCCUCACCAUGGGGUAUUGAAGCUUGAUAGUACCACUACGAAGCUCCGCACAGUGUUCAAUGGUUCCUGUGCAACAUCUACAGGAAUUUCAUUGAACGACAUUCUCCACGCAGGACCCAAAACGCAAAUUGACAUUUUUGAUGUGAUGUUGAGAAUCCGUUGCAGCAGGAUUCUAUUCGCUACUGACAUCACCAAGAUGUUCAGACAGAUUGAGGUUGACUCGCUUGAUUGGCCGCUUCAGUGCAUUCUCUGGAUAGAUGAGAAUGACUUAAUAGACGCUUACUGUCUCAAGACAGUCACAUACGGGACCGCUAGUGCACCUUUUGACGCUGUACGUGUGCUUAUCCAACUAGUAAAGGAUGAAGGACACCGCUUUCCGCUAGCUGUUGCUCCAAUGUUGAAAACACGCUACGUAGAUGACAUCUACGGUGGAGCAGACAACGAAGAAGACGCUAUCAAGGCUGCAGUACAAACAAAAGCUCUGUGUGCAGCAGGCUGCUUCCCGCUUGCCAAAUGGGCUAGCAAUAGCCCACGGUUACUCGCUGAAGUCGCUCCAGAAAAGCAGCUGGAUACACCGCUUAAAGAAAUCAGUGAUGCACCAGUAAAAGUCCUGGGCAUGUACUGGAAUUCACGCACUGACGCUCUCCAGUUCAAGUACACGCUACCGCCAGAGACGCCCAAGACAAAAAGAGCUAUUUUGUCUGAAAUCGCUAAGCUGUAUGAUCCGCUAGGACUUCUCGCACCAAUAGUCGUCAAAGCCAAGAUCUUUAUGCAAGAUCUGUGGCUAGAUAGAGUGUCAUGGGAUGAACAAUUGUCACCAUCACUCAUUCACAAAUGGACUGGAUACCGCGAGGAUCUUCGAAACAUCGAAUCCAUCCGCAUUCCACGCUGGAAUAAUAUAGCACCUGGAGCAACUAUGGAAUUGCACGGGUUCUCAGACGCUUCGCAAAACGCUAUGGCUGCCGCUGUUUAUUUGAGAGUCACUGACGCUGAUGGGAACACAAAGGUCUCACUUUUGUGUUCAAAAACGCAAGUAGCACCGCUGAAGACCAUGACAAUCCCACGCUUGGAAUUAUCUGCCGCAUGGUUGCUAACACAACUGAUACUUUAUGUUAAAGAAGUUCAGUCGCUUGAAAAUGUCAGGAUCAAUCUCUGGACUGACUCCGCUGUGACUCUCGCAUGGAUUAAAAGUCCAGCAAUCCGCUGGAAGACAUUCGUCCGCAAUAGAGUGGGAAAAAUCCAAGAAACGCUUCGAGAUGUCUCCUGGAAAUUUAUUCCAGGAAAACAAAACCCCGCUGACUGCGCUUCAAGAGGUAUACCUACGCUAAAACUGAAACAACACGCUCUCUGGUGGCAUGGACCAACUUGGCUUCAUGAACCAGAAUCCUCUUGGCCCACUCUGGAGCCUCCAACCGACAACGCAACGCAUCGAGAAGAACGCCAAGGUCUGACACUACUGUUUCCACUGCUACGGAAGCUUAGCAUCUGGCAUCGUGCCAUCGACCGCUUUAAAAGAGUUCCACAAUCUUCGCUGGCCUAUCCGCUUACUCCAUCAGACCUGGAGCGCGCUAAAUUGACCUUGAUUAAGUUCACUCAAGGACAAUACUUCGCUAGAGAGAUUCACACGCUACAAGAUGGUGAUGGUCUGCCUAAAAAUAACAGCAUCACUAAGCUGACUCCGUUCAUCGACCAUCAGGGGGUCCUGAGAGUCGGUGGCCGCUUGAAAAACGCAUUGCUGGACCUAGAAGAGAGGCAUCCAGCGAUUCUACCGCGACAAUCACCGCUUACAUCAAUUUUGAUUGAUGACUCGCACCGCAAAACGCUUCACGGAGGUACUCAGCUUACGCUCGCUGACUUACGCAAGAGUGUCUGGAUCAUUGGAGGCCGUGUUCCAGUCAGAUCAUUUAUUUUACGCUGCGUUAUCUGCACGAGACACCGUGGAGAACGCGCUCAACAGUUGAUGGGUCAACUACCCGCCGCACGAGUACAGCCAACUCGAGCCUUCUUGCAUACAGGACUCGACUACGCUGGACCUAUCACGCUGAAAACGUUUCAAGGACGUGGAGCCAAACAAUACAAAGGCUGGAUUGCAGUCUUUGUAUGCAUGUUCAGUUCAGCUGUACACUUAGAGCUAGUAACUGACUACACCGCUGCCGCUUUCAUCGCCGCUUAUCGCCGCUUCACUAGUCGCCGAGGUAUCUGCCACACGCUAUAUUCAGACUGUGGAACCAAUUUUGUAGGAGCAGAUAAAGAGCUGAAACGACUAUUCGCUGCAGGAUACCGCACAUUACGAGAAUUAUCAACCUUGAUCGCUCAAGAUGGCACGAACUGGAAAUUCAAUCCGCCUGGAGCUCCACAUUUUGGAGGAAAAUGGGAAGCCGCUGUGAAAUCUAUCAAAUUUCACCUUCGAAGAACAAUCGGAGACUCGCUGUUGACGCUUGAGCAAUAUUCAACGCUACUGGCUCAAAUUGAAGCCAUAUUGAAUUCCAGACCGCUCACACCGCUGAAUGAAGAUCCUGCUGACCUGGCUGUACUGACUCCAGGUCACUUCUUAAUCGGACAGUCACUGACCGCUAUCCCAGAGCCAUCGCUGACAGAUUUACAACCUGCUCGGCUCUCGCACUGGGAACAAGUCCAGCAAAUGAUCAAGGUGGGUUCAGUAGUACUGAUCACCACUGAGGAUCUCCCGCCAACCAAGUGGCCAUUAGCCAAAGUAAUUGCUGUCCAUCCAGGUGAAGAUGGACAAAUCCGCGUAGUAACUGUUAAGACAGUUAACACAGAGCUGGUACGUCCAAUUACAAAGCUCUGUGUCCUGCCGCUAACACAUGAAGAAGAUGAUCUUGUCGAAGCAGCCGCCAACCCGGGGGAGAAUGUUCGGUGA